ACGAACGACGACGACGACGACGACGACGACGACAACAGCGGUCGCGGCGACGACGACGACGACGACGACGGUGACGGUAACGGUAACGGCGACGGUGGCGGCGGCGGUGGCGGCAACGACGACGACGACGACGACGACGACUACGGCGGCGAUCGAGGCGGUGCGCCGUGUUGGUCAGUGGCAGCCGUACGUGUUCGUGCGUGUGUUCGUGCGCGAGCGCGGUUGGUCGACGGCUCGCGUCGUAUCCAAGAUGAAGUCCGACUCGAAACCUUUGUUGACAGCUCAGGCGGAAAAGGCGAACCAUUACACAUAUUUGAAGGAAUUCCGUGUCGAGCAAUGUCCCCUCUUCGUGCAACGCAAGUGUACGCAACACCGACCCUUCACGUGCUUCAACUGGCACUUCAUGAACCAACGGAGGCGUAGACCGGUGAGGAAGAGGGACCGUACCUUCAACUACAGCGCGGACAACUAUUGCACCAAGUACGACGAGACAACCGGCAUUUGUCCCGACGGAGAUGACUGCCCGUAUCUACAUCGUACUGCGGGGGAUACGGAGAGGCGUUACCACCUGCGUUACUACAAGACGUGCAUGUGCGUGCACGACACCGACACGCGCGGGUUCUGCGUGAAAAAUGGACCGCAUUGCGCUUUUGCGCACGGCAAUCAUGACCUGCGUCCACCCGUGUACGACAUCAAAGAGAUUCAGGCGCUGGAAAACCCUGACUCGGACCCGAACUCCUCGUCCAACGGGCCUAACAUACUUGACAAGGAGCGCAACCUGAUGAACGAGGACCCGAAAUGGCAAGACACGAAUUACGUGCUGAGCAAUUACAAAACCGAACCGUGCAAGAGACCGCCCAGACUGUGCCGGCAAGGAUAUGCUUGUCCGCAGUAUCACAACAGCAAGGACAAGAGGCGCAGUCCGCGGAAAUACAAAUACCGUUCGACACCAUGUCCGAACGUAAAACAUGGUGAGGAAUGGGGUGAACCAGGUAACUGCGAACAAGGAGACGGAUGUACGUAUUGUCAUACACGUACCGAACAGCAGUUUCAUCCAGAGAUCUACAAAUCCACGAAAUGCAAUGAUGUGCAGCAGGCCGGUUAUUGCCCGCGCGGAGUCUUCUGUGCCUUCGCACACGUUGACCGUGAGUGUACACUCAUCAAUCUGUUGCCAACAGAAGAAAUGAGCCUGGCGAGGGAUAUGGCGGUACCUAUAGAUUGCGGUGCAAAUCUGGCCGAGAUACUCAGCAACGCUCUUCCACCCGACAAGCGCGGUCAUGAUAAGGACAAGCCACUCAGUGAUAGCAGUAAUGGAAGCGGUGAGGUUUCGGAAUCUGCCAGCACUAGUAGUUUGGGUAGUAACAGUUCGCACAGCAAGGCUCCAGGUGCUCAACUGCACAAUUCCAAUACCAAUUCCGGUAUAAGUACGGCCGCUCAGCAAAAACUUACUAGUAUACUCUAUAACCCCAAUUCUCUUAUGCAAGUUAAUGAAAUUCGAAAGCAAAUGGUUGCCAUUGAUAGCGAUCCACUAUUGACGAAAUCUGAAAAGGCUCAACAGAAACAGAGUCUCUACAUCGCGUACAAUUUGAACGGAACAUUAGGUAGUCAUUCGUUAGCGACCACAGUUUCGCCGCUUUCAAAUUCGUUCUAUUCAAACGACACUGUUGAAUCUGUAGUAGGAAACGCAUUAGAUGAAUUGCAUCUAGACGAUCCAUUAAAUUUAGUCGAAUCAAUUCAUAGGGAUACAAAUUCACCGAUCGGCAAUUCAAUAUCGGCGGGCCUAGCUAGCUCCGGUCUACUAGGUAGCUCAGCCCCGGUCAAUAUACCGGGAAUGGCUGAACGUUCCGUUCUUACAAACUUUUCGCCAUCAACAUCCAGUCCAUUACAGCAAUUACAAACAGCUAGCUUUCUCACCGGAUCCAGAUUUUCUCAUCAAGAUUCCAUAGAAUCCACAAUGCCAUUUAUGAAUCAGAUAUCAGAUCCAUUUAGCAAUCACAUUUCGCAACUUAGCAGCUCGGCUUCUAAGCUUAGUGGAUUCAAUAGUAGUUUAUUUGAUUUUGCGAGCCAAGGAAUGUCCCCGUCUCGUACGCAACCACUACCAGCAUCUCCAUUGGUCAAUGCAUUUUCCAUUAGUCCGAGUAACACAGGAUCGUUAUCCGAGGUACAAAGGCUCAGAGAGGAAUUGACGUCGAGCCGUGCUCAGUUGGCGACAUGGGACGAACGCAUUAAUCAGGCGCGCGCGGCUUGCGCGGCAUGGCAAUUGGAGAGUGAAGAGGCGAAAAGGAAAGCCACUAUCGCCGAACAGCAAAGAGACGAGAAUAUGGAUUCUUUGCAGGCUCUGAUGCAAGUAAAAGCACUUAGGGUAGAAAACGAGGCGUCCAGCGGUGGUCCGUAUCUUCACACGGUGAGACGUAUAAGCGAGCUCAGAUCAUUAUCAAUAGCUACCUUGAAAUCAAUUCAAUCGCAAUUACGCUCAGAUCUCGAGGAAGUAGAAAAGGUGCUAUAUAGAGAAACAGCCACAAAAUGUAUGGUUUGCGAAGAACAGAAUCGUACAGUUACCCUAUCACCGUGUAAUCAUUACGUAGUCUGCUCGACGUGUGCUCCAAAUCAACGCGAGUGCCCGUAUUGCCAGACACCAGUCGUUUCGACAAGUUAGGCGCAAAAUUUUUCUCUUAGAAUCCCGUUGUUAUAUUUCCGCUUCUUUCGUCAUUUUAAAAGGGCAAUCACUGUCUCUGAGAAUAUCAUGUGAGUAGUAUCACAAUUUCGCAAAGACUUAUAUUUUUAGUAUACUCUGAACCGAAUACUUUUUAUUACUGCAAUUGCCGUUGCAAUUGCUAUUGCAACUGCCAUUGCCAUUGCCAUUGCAAGAAUUGCAGUAAUAAAUCUUAAGGAUAUGAUUGAAUUAUGUCGCCAAAGUAUGAAGAAUAGGAAUUCAGGAAGCGUAAUCUUAUUACGCGUCGUAUAUUAUGUUGACAUUUUCCUUCUGAUAUAUUACCGUUGUGUGAGUGAUGUCACACUUUUUAACUAAAAGAGCAGCGAGUUAUUGAUUCUAAAAAAUAAAAAAAAUUUUAUUUUAUACAUAAUUCAAGAGACACAUAUUUAGCAGGGUGUUAACUGUAAUACAGUUAGCAUUUGCAAUGUUCACGCAUACGCGUGUUACAGAACAUUUAGCGCGAAAACAAUAUAAUCGCAGUUAUGGACAAAGUUUUGGGACCUCGAGAAUUAUAUAAUUGUUUAAAGAAAUUAUAUACUAAUAAUAUUAAUAAAUGCAACAGAAGUCUCCCAAUUUGCAUUAAUAGUGGGAGGAUCAUUUCUCGAUGGUGAGCUGUGAGACGUAUGUCACACAAGAUGAUAUUUCUAUUUGUAUUUAAAUCUUAUAUAUUUAAUAGGAUUUUCCAAUUGAUUCGCGCAUGCGCGCGUACUGAAUGUAAUAAUAUAAGUAUUAACAAAUUUUAUAUUUUUCGUUGAGAACCUAAUAUUGAAGAUAUAGAUAUUAUAUAAGAGGCAUAUAUAUAUAUAUAUAUAAAUACAUACAAUUUCUAGGUUUUUAUAUCAAAUAAUAAAGAUUUCUCAUUAUAUAUGUAUAUAUACAUAUAUAUAAAUAUAUGAAUAAAUAUUAAAAAUAUAUAUAUGUAUAUGUAUAUACAUUUAAAUAACAAUGUACCAUGGGAGUAUGUAAAACAACCAAAAUAAGUAAUGCUAAAUGAUUUUAUUACGUGAAAAGUAUUAUGCUUAUGUGAAUACAUAUACAUUAUUUAUUUUUUACCUGUCCGCGUUACUAUCACGUAUUCUGUCUUCUCUUUCCGUUCUCAUACUUUUUACAUUUUCGUUGAGUGUAAUAACAUUACGAUAUACCAGAAUACGUUUAUCAUCCAGAUACACUCAAGUUUAUAACAAUAAUAGAUGUUUUUAAUGAUUUUAUAUAAAUAAGAGCUUUUUCUCAUUCUGUUCAUAAUCAAUACGCCGCAUUUGCACAUCCUGUUCUAAUAUCUUUUAUAAAACGAUUCACUUUUACAUUUUAAAUAUGUUUAAUUGUAUGUAAUACUUGCGAUGGAGUUAUUAGACAUUCAAUUAAAAUAGCGUGUGAUAGUAAUAAAAAGAUUAAUCUUUAAACAAUUAUUCAAUUAGAUUACUAAACCAAUUAUUCUCAUUUCGUGUUUAGUCUUUUACAACUUAGAUGUAAGGGAUGUUAAAAAUAUUUAGGAUUUUUCAAUUUAAUCAAAAAAUAACAUCUAUAUACACACAUGCGCAAAUAUAUAGGCAAGUGUGUGUAUGUAUGUGUGCGUAUAUACAUGUAUAUGUGUAUAUAUAUACAUAUAUAUGAGGCAAGUCAAACGUGACAUACGUGUUACAGUUCAACGGCAUGCUUAGUAGUAGCAUGUGAACUUCUCCGACGAUGGACGUCUAAGGCACGUCUAUAUACCGGCUCUAUGCGUAUAUUCAUUUUAAAGAUGUAGUUGUUAAACUCUAUGAUAAAAAAAUUACUAUAUACUUAUGAUGUGAAAUAAAUUAUAUAUUAUAUAUAUAUAUAUUGCCUAAAAGAUAUAUAAACGAUUAUAGAUUAGAUAGGACAGCUAUCAAAUUUUUUCUUUAUAAAAGAAAUUUUCAAUAAUCAAUUUUAAUGACUACUUUUAUUUAAUACGUGCGAUUACAACGUUUAAAUUAAAGUAUAAUACCCCGCACAAAAAAGAAACCACAACACUUUUAUACGACUCGUAAAACCGUUUAAUAAUUUGCAGAAUUAAGUCUCAGAUAAUCAGUCGGGCUUUUUUAAACUGUUUUAAUAUAUAAAUUUUCUCUGAUACGAUGGGGUAUUGUAGCGAACAUUACUUAACUACGAAAUUCCUUAACGUAUACAACAGCCUUAGUUGUUUUUGGUUCGUCGUUUCUCUUUUUUUUUCUUUCUCUUUAAUUAUCUUCAUAGUUUAGUGUCAAAAAGUGAGGCCAAAAAAGAAACAAAUGUUUUAUUACAUCAAUUUUUUAUUACAGAUUAUUAAAAUAUUAAAAUAUAAUAGAUGUUAUUACAAAAAGUAAAAUACAAUUUCUCUAUUAUGGUAUAUAUGGUCUAAAGAUACUGUUUUUAAGAUGCUAUAACGCUAAUAGAGUAAUAAUUAUUAAAAUGUGAUUUUCUUUAAUAUGCUUUAUAUCGUUCAUUACGAUUGAGGUAUAAGAAAGCGGACAUAAAGACAGGAACGUCAUUUUGAUGAUUAUUUACAUCUUUAAUAUCUGAAUAAUGUAAAAAAUGUUCUUUAUUCAUCUUUUCUUUUCCUUGCAUUACCUAUCUUCUUUUCCGAUCAGCAUAAAACGUUAAUGUGAGAUCUCAUCCUGUACGCAUAGAUCAAUGUUUUAAUUUUCAUAGAGGCCGCAUAUACCAUAACACCAUUUUCAAACUACUAUUUAGAAUUUAAGAGAUUUAAACAUUAUAAUGAUGCAUUUUUUGCUUUUGUGCAAAGCAUUCUUUAUAAGUACAACAAAAUGUUAUCGGUAUACACAAGAUAUUUAUUUUGCUACAAUAUAUCCUUUAUGAAUCAUAUAAAUCAAUAAUAAAUUUUCUCAUACAUUAAUACAACACAUUUUGGCACUACUACGUGUGAUUAGCAUUAUAUUUACCUUCUAUUAAAAAGGAAAAGGAAACUAGAAUGCCAAUCGGUAUCCUGGUUUAUAUACUUCUCGACUUGUCGAGCUAACAUGACACGUGAUGUAACAAAUUUUUGAUAAAUCUACAGUAAAUGACGAAGUAAAAGAAAAUCUUUAAAAAGAGUACUUAUAAAGAAUGCAUAUUUUGAUGAUAUUUCGCGAUCGAAAUUUCUUCCUCGCAUUUGUAUUUAAGAAAACAUAAUGUUACAAACAAUGGGAUCAUAUCCGAGACGUAAACAAACGCUUAGUUCUUUGUAUCACUAUUAUGGAAAGCUACGAGAGACGUCAUCUACGUUUUUAAAUGAUCGGAAGGAAGUUACGAUCGCGCGAUAUAUUUAGAAAGUGGAAGUUUAGAAAUGAUAUUCCUGAAUAAUAGGAUUACGAAUAUUACAAUUAUAAUAUUGUACUAUUUUACUUCUAACAAUAACACACACAAUUAAAAAAAAAUAUAUAUAUAUUAAGAAUAUAAAUUAUUGUGAAAGCAACAAAUUUAGCUACAAAAUAGGUUAAUAGGAGAGUAACAAAGUGAAUGAUUAGCUAAUAUUAUCGUGUAACAAAGAAAAAACAUACAGUUGAAUAUUUAUAUACUAAUACCCGGUUGUUGGUUUCAUCGAUUGUCUGCUGUAUUUUCGAGAACGUUAAAAAAUAUAUGGACGUUAAUAUACGAUUAAUUAUUGCCUAUUGUAUGUAAAAGUCGAGUACCGAAUCGAUUUCUUUGUAAACGUAUAACGUAUUAGUUUUUAUUACAUGGAAACUAAAUAAAUGUAUUAUGUCGAUAUGAAUGUAUAGCUAGAACGACGUUAUUCGGAUUCUACGCUAUCACUAAUAUUUCGAGCAUUACCGCAAGGAAAUGCUUUCCAAUUGAUUGUAUAAUUGUAAAGUCUCAUUAGUAAUACGUACGCUCGCCAGCGUAAUUUCGGGUUCGGCGCGUUCGACUUUCUUAUUUUCAUUGCACAAAGAAAACCAACAAUAGGGGGCAAAUUAAAUUAAACACUAUAUUUUUUACAAAUUACAUUAAUAUAAUACGAAUAUAAACGUUACAUGUUCUGUCUUGUGCGAAUGAUUCUUCUUCUGCGUUGCAAUUUAUUAGGAUCCGAGAGCUGCAUCGCGUCUCGAUCGUGUUUAUUUGCGCACUAGUUGAAGGGAAAUCAUAAAAUUGCCUGUUACUUUUCAUUUUCGUGAUUCGCGCGAGAGGAAGAGCACUGACACGUACAUUAUGGACAUUUCGUAAUAUCGAGGAAGAAUUAUCAGCACAGUCCAGGCAUAAGAAAAACAUACACAUAAUCACUAGAAUAUUGUACGAUAAUGAAUUGCGUAAAAUUGUAAUAUGUAACAUUUAAACGAAAUUUGCUGAACAUUUAUAUCACGAUUUAUAACUAAAGAUACUUGCUAUAAACUUGUGUCGUCUUUAAUCAUUCGUAAUUUUUUAUAUAUAACGAUUGCUGCAUUUGUUAUUUUGAUAGUGGCAUGGCUGAGAGAACUCCUGUUGUAACUUAAGUAUUGCGAAAAAACUUCAUUAUUCAUUGGUAGCAAGAUAUGUGUGUUUUUGUUUGCAAAGACACUUGCUCAAUGUUCGCAGAAAUUUCGGACAUUCUUUUUUUCUCUUUUUCUUUCGUAUAAUUCUAUUCUACGACAACCUUUCAUCGGUAAGAAUUAAAGCUCGGAAGUGGGACUGGCUAAUAUAGAGAAAAUCGUCCGCCUAUGAUCCGUUUGUACACGGGUGAGAACUGUGUGGCACGGCUACUCGUAGAAAACUGAUAUCCGCAUCAUACAGAUACUCAUGUCACACGUAUUAUCGUCGCACGGGUAUUCGCAUCACACGAGUAAACAACUUGGAACUUUGCGUCACAAAUGUUGCGAGGGGAAGACUUUUCGUCGUCCGAUUUUCUACAAUGUUUCCAAGCCCGAUUCUUUGUGCUAAGCAUAAUCUUUUAUAUGUAUAAAACGAUGGUAGAUUUAAUACUGUAAAAAAUCCGAUUACAUGUAUGUGCAAAAAAAAAAACAGUUUUCAUACUUCUUUUUCUAACAAAGUUGUAGCGCUCAAGAUUAUCAUAAUUGCGGGCUACUAUUGACCAAUUUACGCAAUAAUUGGCUUUAUCUUCUGUUACUAGAUAAUUACUGUGCAAAUUCGUCAGCAGUGACUUGCAAUUGUGACAAAUUAAAGCGCUGAAAUUUCUUUGGAAAACAAUAUGAAAACUGUUCUUUUGUAACUUUUGAGUGUACGCCACGUUUACAUAUCGUCCGUCUAAUUAGAAAAUCUUCUAACUUUAUUUUUGGAAACAAAAUUGAGAUACUUAUACUAUGCGAUUUGUCUUGAUAAGAUGAUUUUGUUUAAAAAUGGAGUUAAGAAGUUUUCUAAUUAGACCGACGAUAUGUUGCCACUAUUUUUUAUCACUAUUCUUUUUUUUCAAGAGGAAAUAGCGGCAAACGACAGAUGCGGGUGACACGGUCAGACCCGUCCCUAGCAGUACAGCGCAUUAGAUCAAUAUUGAAUCUAUAUCGGCCAAUGUAAAAUUUACAGCAGCCAACCAUUAUAUAUAUGCUUCUCAGAGUGUUAUACGACAAAAUAUCCGUAAAACCAGUUCUUACUCGUAUACAACGGACAAUGGGUUCGGGCGGGCAAAUACCAUUCGAGUAUUCCGAGCACUAGUAAGAAUAGAAUUUGCUCUGUGACUCGCAUCAAUCGUAUAAUUAUUGUAUCUGUAAUCUUUAAAGUAUUUAUAUACGCUACUGUCCCGCUAUAAAUAUCUCAAAAUCACUUAGAUCAUAGUUCGCAUUUCAUAAUUAUUCCAAUGAAACGAUCGCUCAGUUAAUUAUGAAAUAUUACAGUUAUUCUCAGCUAUCUAUUGGUUCGUGAGACUGUAUGAGAGACUGUAACGAGAGACAUCGAUCGAUACGAGUGUACAUCUUAAUGAUCCGAAUUCGAAUACCUUUAUGAAAAAUACGAGGUAACAAAUGACUGUACACUGUGAUUAUUAUACACUUAUACCUUAUCGAUAUGUCGCUCACUCGUUUCUCUUCGUAUAUCUCGCUUAAAAUAAUUUAAUACUUAAUUCUACGGACAUAACAAUGAUGCGGAAUCUUUUGGUGGCUUAUACGACACGUCAAAUACGCACACUGAAAAUAAACUAUGAACAAAACAAAAGAUGUGAGUGUACACACACACACACACACACACACACACACACAUAUAUAUAUAUAUAUAUAUAUAUAUAUAUACAUACAUCAUACAUACAAUCUCAUAUUUUUUAACUCGACAGUAAGACUUUACAUCGAUAUUUUUUCUACAAUUCGGAAAUGACUCGUACGAAGUAACAUUUUGGUAAUACGAGAAAAUCACGCUGCAGUCAUUUGCACCUCAUAUUUAAUUACAAAUAUUUUUUGCAAAAGUAACGUUGAAACAAAUCGAGUCGCAAAUUCUCAAACGUUUGCUCUCCAACUGCAAAAUGAAUACGAUUGGCUAGUUUUGUUGCAGGUGUAUGGCUUUGCAUUAUUUAACACGCGACAAAAUUUCACAAUAAACAAAAGAAACGUCAUACGAUAUGUAUGAAGGGAAAACAAUAUGUAAGCACAGUGCCAUUUUCAACAGAUUUAUGAAAGUAAUAAAGUUGCGUUUUGCGAAAUGGAUGAAUGUGGUCUGCAAAUAUCUCGAAUUUCUAUAAAUAAUUCCGCACUCUCAAUGGAUCUAUACGGAAGUUUGCAUUUCUUGAUCAGGGAUCUUGAAAUUAUACGAAACAGAACAUUUGUAAGUGAAGCUUUGUGUAGUUCUCGACAGUGUGCGAAAUUAUAUAGGAAUGUACGCCCUGUUAAAAUAUUUUAAUACUUUUGCAAUGUAUUACGGUAAACACCGUCUUCCGGUACAAUAUAAUAUUUAGGCGUAGCCUAAAGUACGGUGCGAAAUAAUUGGCGGCAAAGCGAAAGCAAAUUAACAUAAACGCGUCUAUAAAUGUUGUUAUACGUAAGCUUGACAUAGAAAUUGCUCUCUCUUUCUUUUUCUCUCUCUCCCCCCCUCUCCUCUCUCUCUUCUCUCUCUCUCUCUCUCUCUCUCUCUCUCUCUCUCUCUCUCUCUCUCUCUCUCUCUCUCCCUCCCUUCCUCUUUCUCUCACACAUACACAGUUUAACAGAACAACUACAGAUACACAUUCAAUACAGAAAUUAUAUCCGAUAUAUUCGUAUAUUGUGUAGCUUCUGGUGUUAACAAACAAUGUACUUAUGUGUUAAGCGGUUAAGGUACUAAAUAUCUCGCAGGCUAUUGCGUGAACGAAUCGUGUAACGUUUGUACGUCGUGUUUAUAUGUGAAUUACUUGUAACGCUUAUGAGGAUAUCGAAACACAGUUUUCAGAUUACGAACUAACGUCGCGAAUCGCAAAAGAAAAGAAACGUUUGAAGAUUCGUUCGUGUAAUGCAAUCGUUGCUUUCACAGGAUGAUAUUGUCGACGUAUCGUUUUUCACUGCGCAAAGGAUUUUUGCACGAGAUAAAAGCAAAUUGUAUCGACAUUCGAGUGAUUUGACCGAAUACGCGAUCACCGCAUCAUUUUCAGAGAGAUAGAAAAAAAGGAUUGACACGAUAGAACAAUAUCAAGACUGCUAUAUAAUUUAUCACAUAAGCGUAGUUUUUCUCCAAAAGCCCGAUGCAAAACUAUGUUGGCACAAAAGAAACAAGAUUAUUCGCCAUUACUUAUUAUAAUCCUAUUCGUCUUAAGGCAUGCAUAUUAAGAUGAAGAUUUUCUAAUAUUUUAAUAGAACAGUCGAAAGUUUUUUUAGCGGUUAUUUUUAUGUCUCAUGUCUCAUGUAGUCUUCAAAGUAGAUAGCGUUUAUAACAUAUAAAUUAGAAAUUAUGUAUCCAUAUAUAUACAUAUAUAUUCACACACACACACACACACACGUAUGAUAUGUGUGUGUAUAUACAUAUAUAUAUUUUUUUGUAUUUAUGUAUACAUGUACACACACAUAUAUACAUACAUACACACGAUUGUGUCAUAAUAUAUUGGGAGAUUUCUUUCAAAAACUAUACAAUAAGAUGUACGAGCUUCUUGCAAAAAAAAUAUUUCUACUCAACUGUAUAUUUUAGUCGAUAAGACAUUUAUGCUAGACGAUGAAAAGUCCGAUUACAAAAUCAAGAUCUCGGCACAGUUAUUUAUGGGAUACUCGUAGUUAACAUCCGCGAUCGUCCUGUGAAAGGAAACAAUAGAUAUCUAAUUAUAAUUAUUGUAAAAUAUGAUAAAGAUAAAAGUAAUAACGAUUACAAUAAUAGAUUACAAAAUUGAAGAUCUCCGUGGGUGACUAUCGUUCUGAUCGUGGUCGCUUCUAUGCAUGUAUGGCGCACUUAACGGAAUACUUUAGAUUGCCGAUUCAUAUCCCGCACUGAUUUUCUGUAUAACGCGGAUUUUGUACGUUUUUUAAAAAAUUUCUCGCGCAAAGUAAUGUAAUGCCUCUCCCCUAUCGAGUACAUAUGUUCAAUAUAAAAGGUAAUAUUUUUGUCACAGAGAUGUAUUCCAUAAAAUCUCACGAUUACAAGGAAUAUAUAUCGCAACAAUAAUACGGAGAAGGUGAAUCGAUCAAAGCAAAACUUAAUGUUAAGGUGGUGACUAUAUAAUAACAACUGAUGUCGAAAAAAGAAUAAAUCCCUAUAUGGGAUCGUAAGCGUAGCGCCCUAAAUUCACAUUCCAGAUCUGUCUAUUGUGCUAAUCUCCGAAAGGAAAAUUGAGAAUAAGUAGAUUAGAAGGAAUCGAUAUAUAACGUGUCUGUGAAAUUGAACCUGUUUUAAUUUUACGGAAUAAGUGGUUAUCGAUUUCUUUUAACUUAUCUGUUUUUCUUAGAAGUAUUUGCACGAUCAAAGUGCAAAAUUUAUUCGGUGUGAAUAUCAGAUAUUAAUGGUACUACAAAGAAACCGCAACAAGAUCAAUUUCUUACUAUUAAAUGUUUCUCUUUCUCUAUCUCUUUGUCUCUUUCUCUCUGUAGCAAAUUCUAAUCGAUAUAUAUCAGUACAAAUCUACAACCUGAAUAAGAAUUAAUGAGGGAGAUGCAUCGCUCGGAUGGACAAAAAAAUUACAAUAUCGACGACACGUAUUUUUGGCAAUACAGAUUUAAAGAAUACUGAAUAAUCAUAGUAGUAAUAGUUAGAGAACCAAUAAUAAAAUAAAUUUUGUUCCAAUAUUUUUUUGAUGACUGAAAGUUUAUAUACUAAAAAUGGAAUAACAACAAUAAUAAUAAUUAUGGUGUACGUAAUUCGUAGGACGGAUAUUCGUUAUUGCUUCUUAUGCUAUAUUACUAUAUAAGUAGUGUAUUAUAAAAAUAAAUAAAUAUUGUAAUUCAAUAAAUCGAAUCAAUUUUA